AUGGCUCUCAUCGCCUUGCAUGCUGGUGGGAUGGAUCCACGCGACGCGCAGGCCAUACUGUCGCUGGACGGCGCGUCUCCCGAGGCUAAGGUGGCGAUGAAGGAGUUCUUGGCGCUCUGUCGGAAGCUGGUAGUGGAGUACGCCGCUGAGACGGGGCAGCUGUUUUACCCCGUCGACCGCCCACCCAAGACGGACGAAGAACUCGCGAAGCUGGCCAAGUCGGAUGCACGAAUGGGCAGCCAGCGCGACUGGGAUAUCGUCACCGUGAUGGAUGGGUCUUACCUGGACGAGAACGCCAUCCUGAUCAUCGGGAAGCUUUUCGGCCUUCCGGGUGCGCAAAUCGUCCAAGAGGAUGAGCGGACUGGACGGCUGUUCGACGCCAUCAAUGCUCCCGAAGAAGAGCUAGGAGCACCUCGUCCCCUGGGGGAACACUUGCUGCUACACCACCCCCAGCGUGUGCACUUCGAGGCUCUUGUACCCAAGAAAAGCAUGUCGGAGCCCUUGGUUGACCCAUGUGGACCCGGAGACGUCAUCUGGGCGGUGCGGUACCUCACCGAGCUUCUGAAGAUGAACUUUGAGGCGCUCGUCGGCGACGCGGAGAAGGACGGUGAGACGGACGGGGAGACGGACAGCGACGCCGGUGUGGAGACGCCCCCUGGUGCUGUGACCGAGGCGCUUCCCGAGGCCGCCGCCGAUGCAGAGACGGACGGCGAGACGGACAGUGACGACGCUUCUCCCGAAAUGAUUUCUGAGGGGAAGGCCAAGCUAAGGCUCGGCGACUGGUCGGACGAGCAAUGCACUCACUGGGAGCAGAUUAAGAUGGACUUUGAUGACAUGGACGACACCGACGAGCCCAGAUCGUACGCGUACGACACGGGCAACAUGUACGAUGUACUGGAGAUGGACGGGGAGGACGCCGACGACCACGUGGACGGCGAGGACGACCCCCAGGAACACGACCAACCCCGGGGGAGCGUGGACGAGGAGGACGACGCGUCCGCGGAUGACCCUCCCGAGGAACAUGACGAACCUCGGGGGAGCGUGGACGAGCCCCGGGAGCACGCGAGCGCGGAGGACGAGCCCCGGGAGCACGCGAACGCGGAGGACGGUCCCCGGGACGCCCCCUACGUUGUCGAGGAGGACGAGUGGGUGCCACGGGUUCGUGUGACCAAGCCUCGCAGCUGGCGGAGGACUGGUCGUCGUCAACUCAAGCACCAGAACCGCCGCCGGAGCGAGAAACGCCGCCGCUGCCGCCGCCGAAGACGCCAAAGACGCGGGGCCGGUGGCCUCCGCCGACGUGCCCCGAUACGAGGCGGAGCGGACCCAGGGGACGGACAGGUGCGGCGGACGUCGGCGCGGGACAGGAGAGCACCCAGGAAACCCGACGAGCCGGAAGAUUUGUCGUCCAAAGCUCGAUACGACGAUGCUUGGUUCGAAAAAAGAGAGAAGGAGUGGUUAGAUUUGCCGGAGCCAGAAAGAACGACCCAAUUGGACUGGGGCAAGGGCCAGGUUGAGGCGUGGAAAGCCGGGAAGGAAAAGAAAGCGGCAUGCAUGGAAUGCAGCAAGGGGACUUGGUACUCGGACAACCCGAUUCUGCUGUGCGACGGUUGUGUUCGAGGGGCCCUGCAUCUCAGAUGUACCAAAUUUCCGCUUGAGGCUAUCCCGGGCGAAGAGGAUGAGUGGUUCUGCGACGCGUGUAGAGAGAAGAGAGGGGAGACACCGCCGGUACAACCGACGGUCGCGGAUGGGCCGGGGUCGACUCAACCGCAGCCGCAGCCGAUGAACGUGGACGGACCGGGGUCGACUCAACCGCAACCGCAGCCGAUGAACGUGGACGGGCCGGGGUCGACUCAACCGCAGCCGCAGCCGGGGGGCGUGGGUGGGCCGAUGGAACGGGCUCCCGUGUCAACUGUAGCGAAUCCGAUCACGGCCACCAAAAGGAAACCGCGCGCUGCAUCGAAGGGUAAGGCCAAAGCUGGCAAGACCAAAGCCGGUUCGACGGCUGGCAAUGUGCGCAAACGGCGGGUCCGGAAGCCAGCGAGGGUCGUCGCGAAGGAAUAUGCGCGCAUCCUCGAAGAUGUUUUGAACAGUGACGAGAUGGGCACGUUUGUGGAGGCAAGCAGGGCAAAGGCCGCUGAAAAAGCGAAACACUUCGAGAAUACGUGUCCCCGCACCCCCAAUGAGCCGCCUUCGUCUAUCACAUCGAUCCCUCUCAUUGCCAAACUACUCACUAGAGGGUUGUGCGACGACCCAUUAGACGGUAUCGAGAUCUUGGACGGGGUGUUUUUCAAGCGUGCCGCCCUUGAUGCGCUCGAGCGUUACUUCAACUGGGAGUACGUGUUCGAUCCAGAGAGCAUCGGGGUGUUCUUGGGCACGACCAAGGUUGGCAUCGACGACGAGGAGUUCGUGGUGGAGUCGUUCGACUGUGGCGAGUACAGCCUGUCGGAUGGUAGCGUAAUGCAGCAGUGGGGCGUCCUGGAGAAUCGGACCGACGGUGGCGUGACACUGGAGGAUGAACAACGGCGGUUCAUCAUCCAUCUGGUGACGACGUACGUGAACAUGAUGGCUCAUGUCGUGCCGGUUGUGAUAGAGGAGUCCACCCCAAGCAUGGUGAAAGAUAUGAUGUGGAACCCCGUGGAGGCUGGCAAACGUGAGACGAACAAGGAGCGGAGGGAGGAGCUGGACCAAAUCAUCAACCGCGUAAACACUCUGCGGGACCUGACCCUGAGGAUCUUCACUGGAGCCGCCGUGAAGGACACACUGCCCGCGAGUUUCUGGGAUGUAGAGGGAAACGAGGAGUUGCGCGAGUUCGCGGAAGAGGCUGGAUCGCUCAAAAAGAUUAACUUCCUCGGUCGUCUUGAGUGCGUCCACAACCGUGAGGUGGUGGCUGGAAAAUUGUUCACCGGAGAGAUUGUGACAGGAGGUUACUCUGAAGCACCCAAGCCAGACCGUGUAAGCGGGGCCUGGCCUGCGAAGCUGAGGAGCAUCAUCGUGCAAUUGACAUGUGCGUAUCGAUUGGGCCGCUCGAACAACCUCCUUGAGGCAUAUUACGCGCUGUCUGAGGCGGAGAUAGAGCUUGUGAUGAAGGGUCACCGCAGCCACUGGGGGGUCAACCUAGACUACGGUCUCCCACAUCUUGACCGAUUGACAUGGGCACAAACAACUGCCACCGAUGCCGACCUUCAAGGAGAGAAUUCGCACGCGUUACGUUUUGCUGUGAAGCGCUGCCGGGUUUUCAACCCCAACAUUGCACCCGUGACGGUAGUUGGGUGUGGGAUUCGGGACGCUGAAAAGUACGGGAGUCUUCAACGGGACUCGCUGGACUCGAAGUACUUUAGUCACGCUCGAAUUGGCAAGAAACUCGUCCCUCCACUGAUGGGGAAUGCUUCGUGUAGAGAACCGGCGAAACAGGCUGUUGAAGCAUCGGGGAAGUUGUUUGAUGUGGCAAGGAAUGGUAGAGCCAAGGCAACUGCUGAAAAGAGCGGGGCCGUGGGACCUGCGGCCAAAGUCCGUAAGCAGAGGGUCAUUUUGUUGGAGCUAACGCCAGAGGAACGGGAGAAGGCCAUGGAUAUGUUCAUGGCAGCUAUCACCAAGAAUGGUUGCGGGCGCCUGAUGGACGCCAUCAAGAAGCAUGACCCCGGUUUCGUAGAGUGGGGGAAGGAGUGUCUGGCGAAGGCGGAUUUAAAGUCUAGUGUGUAUACGAGCAGGGACAACUAUCUUGAAACGCCCGACGACGGCCGCUCCGAAGACCACCUGCUGGGAAACACUUCCGCAGAGAUUCAGCGUGGGCAGCAGAGGGUGGCGCGCCUCAUGACGAAGCUCGAUGCAGAGAAUGGUUUCAAGCCUAAAGACAUCUCCGUCUUCAGCGUGGCUCUGGCGCUGGCUUGCCUGUUCGCAGGAGCCUGUCUUCGCCCCCAAGACUUUUUCAGGAUGGUGGCCAGUCAAAUGUACUACGACGCGAAGCUGAAGAGGAUCAAGAUUCGGCUACUAGACGGAAAGCAGACGGAAAAGGCCGAGAAAACCCCCUCGCGGGUUUGCAUGUACCAUGAACUAGAGGGUGCAGAGGUCGUCGAUUGGUGGGUAGUGAUGGCACUGGUUGGGCGACCGUUUCUGAAGAAGCACAACCAAGGGUUUCUGGACAAAUCAUUCGGUCCACUGGGAACGGACGGAGAGGUUCUGACCGAGUAUGUGUUUGGCGUGGUACUGGAGUCGAUCGGAAAGGCGUUCUUCUCCACGGGGAAUGCUGAUGUCAACGCACUUCGGUCCGUACAAGAGUCGCUGGCCGCCGAACACAUGGUCGAACUGGGGAUCCCAAAGGACUCCGUAAUCAAGGGCGAGCUGUCCAAACAGAUGAGGACUUCAAACGAGGCCCUCGACGACGCCUACGACUUGAGGACAGCAGAUCCGGUACACGUAGUGAGGCGGAACUGCAACACCGAGAAAUAUUCUUGCAAGGGAGGGAUCCGGGGAAUGCUCAUCUCAAGACGCCUUGCGCUCGAGGGCGUGUCGGAAACUUCUUCUUCUGCGUGCGACACCGAUGCGGACAGUGGUGGUGGUGAUUUCGGUGGCGAGGUUGACGCGGUGAUGGCCGGCGUCGAUCGAGAAAUUGAGAUGGAGCGCAAGAUAAAACUUUUGAGGCAGUUGAAGACCGAGAACGCAUCCUGUGGCGGGGGGGCUACACCUGCUACGGUGGCGCCCGCGCCCACCGGGGCUGCGCAUUUGGCCGCUGCUGGCGCCGAGGAGAAGCCGAAGAAAAUCAAACGGGGACAGAUCCCGGGCCAGAGCGUGAAGUACGAGCCAAAGCCGGGGAGGCCAAUCAAGGACAAAGAACGCGACGGUUUGAAGGAGGUGGUGGAAGAGAUCAAGGGUGCCUGGGAGCGGGCCAAGAAGAGGCAAUCGGCCAAAAGCAAAGAGCAUAAAGUAGAUCCCGUGUAUCACUACAUGAGCUUGCCAUCAAACCGUAACGCGAAGCUACCUAUGGUGUGGACGUUGCAAGAGAUAGACGCAGACGAGUUCCAACCGGGGGAUUGGUUUAGGCGUUUACGCUGCUCUCAACGGAACCGUUCCCAGACGACGUUCAACAAAACAGUUGAUCGCGCCGAGGCACAGGUCACAGGCUUCACGUGGUUGUCUUGGCAGCAAGUCGACGGGUAG